GUGGACGAGAUCCUUUCUCGCGCUGGGAUUUCCAGCGAUCUUCGCCAAAAGCAAGGAAGGGGGGGCUGCUUGACGGUCCUCGCAGUGGCUAUCUUCUCCUCCUUGUCGGGGUUGCUCAUGGGCCUGGACAUUGGCUACAUGGCCGGUGUGAAGUCGAUGGAGAGCUUCUCCGAAGACGUUUUGAACGGAAAUCCUAUGACUGGGAUGCAGGACAGUCUCAUCACAAUGAUCUUCGGAGCUGGGGCGGCUGUUGCCUGCUUCCCGCCCAUCAUGGACUUCCUGGCAGGGAAGUUGGGCCGAAAAGGCACGCUGAUCGCCGGCGGGAGCCUGUUCUGCCUUGGAUCUGCCGUCCAGACUGUGGCCUGCGACAUCUGGACGAUGGCUGCUGGCCGCUUCCUGGCGGGCCUCUCUGUGGGAUUGCUGUCAGGCAAUGCGCCCAUCUACACCAGCGAAAUUUCGCCUCCCGCAAUGCGCGGGCGUCUCGUGGCUGGCUUCCAGUUCGCCGUGACGGUUGGGAUCAUGGUAGCGUUUCUGCUGGCUCUGGCCUUCGAGGAUGUGGUGGAGCCAUUUAGUGGCUGGCGCUGGCUCAUUGGCGUGCAAGUCAUCCCAGGAGCGCUCCUCAUACUUGGUGGCGUCAUUCUCCCUGGAUCGCCCAGGUACUUGGUAUCUCGUGGAAAGAACACAGAAGCCUUCAAUGCCUUGCUCCGCCUCCGCAGCAAGGAGCAGGAUGUGCAAGCUGAGUUUGCGGAGAUCGUGUUGGAGCAAGAGGACGAAGAAGCCAACGGACAGGCCACCUGGAAGGAGUUCUUGUCAGGAGACAAUGCGAAGCUCCUGGGAAUCGGACUGGCGAUUCAACUGCUCGGCCAGCUGGCUGGCAUGAAUGCCUUCAUGUACGACGGGCCCCUGAUCUUCGAGAGGCUAUUCGACAGCCCUCAUGCCGGGCGACUCUUCACCGCAAUUGCGGGUGCAGUGAACAUUGUCGCCACGAUUCCGGCCAUCCUUCUGGUAGAUAAAUUCGGCCGAACCUCUUUGAUGAAGUGGUCUGCCAUAGGCAUGUGCCUUUGCUCGGGUAUUCUCGCCACAGUGGGCGAUAUUUGCCUCACGAAGGAGGACAGCCUAACAUGCGGACCGUGGUCGCAGUGGAUAGCCACCCUGGCAAUUUGCGGCUUCAUCCUGAACUAUGCCUACGGCUGGGGUGGCAUGCCUUGGAUCUACUGUGCGGAGAUGUUUCCGCUGAGCCAUCGCACCAAGGGAGUCGCAGCCACCACGGACGCUAACUGGAUUGGGAACAUGCUCAUUGCCUUCCUGACACCCAUCCUCCUCGAGAGCUGGAACUUCAACUUCUUCUGGGUGCUGGUUGCCACAAACCUUUUCGGAGUCUACUGCGCCAUGUCCGUGCCGGAGACGAAAAACAAGAGCCUUGAGGAGAUCAACGUCAUGUUUCGUGACCUCUUCAGUAGGCAGCGGAAAGCGCCGGGUUCCGGCGCAUGA